AUGCCGAUCACGCACGUCGAUCCCGUCCCUCAAUCCCAAGAUGUGUUUUACGCGACAAACAAUCCGUACCAAGUGAGCGGACCAAGAGGAUUCACGGAGUUUCAGUACAUGGAAGAGACGACGGAUCUGUUCGUGAGGCUUGAUUUUCCAGGAGUCACAAAAGAGAGUGUCAAGAUCCUUCUCGAGCCAUCCAUGAAGGCUGUUUUCGUGUUCGGAGACGCGCCUAAAGAACACAGAAACGAUUCGUCUCACCGGAAGUACGGAACAGCCACGGGACUUGUCUGCGAUUGCUGUGUGAUAAGUAAUAUUCAGUGUUUUGUCGGAGAUGGAAUUGUCAGACUCAUCCUCUCCAAGCAGAAGAUCGAUUCUCGUGUCCUUUCCUUUUGUUCCCUUGGAGGUGCCAGAAUGCCUGCUGCUGCUCCUACCCUUCCUCACUUAAUUCGUGGUUACAAUCCGGAAGUCGCAGGAGGCCAUCCUCUUGCUCAUCUACGUGGACACAGCCCAGAAGGUUGCCGUGGCACUGACCCACUUGAUCCGGCGUUCACGGGUCGGGUCAUAAUACCGCACCCGUCAGUGUUGGAAGGACCAAGGAGUCCGUACGAGUCAAAGCAGCUCUCAAACGGCGGUCUCUUUCUGCGUAUUGACAUGCCCGGAGUCCCAAAAGACCACUUCACGGUGAUGGUGGAACGCGACGGCGGAGUCACCGUCAUCGGAGUAGCUCCUCAGGCCAUGUACGACUCGAGUGGGCGUCAGUACAGAGGCAAAGUCGCCGUCGUUCCUCGAGACUAUGACAACAGUCGGAUCAAAGUAAUCGCUAAACAUGGUGUCAUCCGCCUAAUUAUCCCUCCCAACUAA